CACCGCUCAAGCUUUAAGCAUGGCAUUUGUUGUUUUGUUUUUUGAGACAGGGUCUCAUUACGUAGUUCGGGAUGGCCCUGAACUCACUAUGUAGGCAGGUAUCCAACUCCUGGUAAACCUCUUGCCUGCCUCUCCAGUGCUGGGAUUACAGACGUGUGACACCACGCCCGGCUCGCGCACUCAGCCUUUCUGAAAGGACAUGGCCCGCCACAAUCACGAAGUAAUGCUCAGAGAGGGAUCCAGAAGCCAACAAGCCCGAGACCACUGAGAGCCAGAACUCCCACCAGCUCGCCACCCGAGACAGACCGGAAAUCAUCCGACAGCUGGCUCCCAGCAGGAAUGGCAGCCCCCACCAUGAAGGAGAGGCAGGUCUGCUGGGGAGCCCGCGACGACUACUGGCAGUGCUUGGACGAGAACGCCGGGGACUCAUCCCGCUGCCAGCAGCUGAGGAGGUCCUUCGAGUCCAGCUGUCCUCAGCAGUGGAUAAAAUAUUUUGAUAAAAGAAGAGACUACUUAAAAUUCAAGGAAAAAUUUGAAGCAGGACAAGUCCAGCCUUCAGAGUCAACUGCAAAUUCCUAGGCUGUUCUUGAACUUUUCACAAAGGCUGAAAUUCUCUGUGGACAUUCAAAAUGUUCCGUUAGUUCUGGGACAGUAUUUGAAUCACGAUGCACACUGAUACUUUGUUCCCUGUGUACAACAGUUAAUAAAUAAAAUGACCAAGUAACAGAAGAUCCCAUCAUUCAAACUAUGACGAAACAAAAAA